AUGACCCCGCCGCCGCCGCCGUUGCCCGAUGGGGUUUCGUUCGGCACGGCGCCGGGAGGGGUGAGGGUCAUCAACAUACGCUUCGACGAGGACGAGUGGGAGACGCGGUGGGCCAAGGUACCCCACGCGACGCUGCGACACCCCGAGACGCGCGCCGCGGUCACCCUCAUCGGCACCGCGCACAUCUCCAAGGCUGCCGCCGAGGAGACGAGGGAGCUCAUCAUGAGGGAGCGGCCCGACGUGGUGGUGUUGGAGCUCGACCCGCACAGGCUCAACGCCCUCGUCAGGGACGCGCACACGGCAAAGCCCUGCCAAGCCGCCGCCGACAGGUUCGUGUCGACGUCCCUGUUCCGCUCCGGACCCACCCAGGCGAUCGGGUUGGCGUACACGCUCGUCGGCGCGUUGCUGGGGACGACACCCGGGGCGGAGUUUCUCGCGGCGAUUGACGCGGCGAAGGAGGUUGGCGCCGAGGUGGUGCUCGGGGAUCUGGACGUGAAGAUCACGACGUCGCGGGCCUGGAAGCGACAGUUCCGCGAGCUCGGAAGGAUCGAGACGUAUCGCGGGCGCCCUCGGGUGUCGGAGGAUGAAGCCGUUGACGAGGAUCUUCUCCCUUCGGAGGAUCUUCGAAUCGAGAUCCAAAACGACGAGGGCGAACCGAUCCCGGUCAAGUAUCGUCUG